AUGGAAGCCAUGACCGUGCAGGGACUACCGAACGGUAGCGAACCUAUUGACAACCCCAGGGAAGAAAACCCAACGCCGAUGGCGCAGCCCGCCGAGGAGCUCGAGACCGUAAUCCUGAACGAGGAGUUCCCCGAUCGGUGGGUGAAGAUCGGCACCAAUCUAGAUCCCGACCCUCUGAAGACAGUUCAUCGACUUCUUACGGCAGCAGGCAGAAGUCUUCGCCUGGUCUUAUGA